AUGCCUAUUACCACCGCCGCUCAGAUUCCCGCACAAGCGGCUCUACCCGUCAGACCCAAGAUUCGGAUGACUGAGCCGGAUGCAAGUUCGGUUGUUGUUCAGGAUGAUAUCAAGACCACCUCGAAAGACCACAAUACCCUAUACAGAGGACGGGCUUAUAUCUGCAACGAGCCUGAUCCCGUCACAGCUUCCAUCACGAUCCUCGUUCAGAGCGACGCAAUGGAUGACAAAAAAUAUUCAUUGGCUCAGUGGACUGACUAUCUUCAUAUGGAGAAGUGUCUCAUCGCUUGUUUCGAGGUCGAGCUAGGAGUGUCCACUGCUCAUUGCCUCGAAUUCGAAUCUUCCGGUGCAAUGGCCAAGUUUGCCGAGAAGUACAAGGCAUUUUUGGACGAUCGCAACAAGAAAGACAGUUCACAGCUACUCACGGGUCCUAAGGAGGAGCAAGAUUUGCCUACUCCUAGCGAAGUCAUUGAAGCAAUAAACACUUCACCACAGAUCACACAUCCCGAACCAGAUAAACCGCAUGCCGUUCCAUCUCCCGUAGAUAAGUCGAAGGCCACUAAUUCACCGGCCAUGCAGAAACCUAAACCCGCUGUUGCGGCGGUCGUUAAUGUUCCCACAAAACCUCAGAGCCGUGAUGCGCAUUUACAAGCAGCCUGGCAGAAAAACCAGGCCAUUGUGUACAGCGAGCGGAAAGCACAGACAGAUGCAGGGAAGCCGGCUGUGCCUGAGAUGUCCAAGUCUGCUAUUCAGAUUAGCAAUCAGAGCAAACCUCAACUCGCGAUUGCCAAGGAAAACAUCGAAGAUGUCAAUAUAACACAGACCAACCAACAUGAAUAUAAUCCUUUAUCGAAGAGUGAGCAGGCUAUGACAGGCCAGGUCAAAGAAGCUCAAGAGCUCACGCCAGCCUCUCCACCGAAAGAAGUCGACAUGUCUGAGACAAACCAAUUUCUAGAACCCCCAGUUGUCGAUCAGUCUGACGGUGAUGAAGAGAAUACUCUUCGCGAGUAUCUGCUUCGUUUGCGGGACAACGUGAAAGAUCUUGCAAAGACGAAGGGACUCGACAGUGCUGUCGAUCUAGACGAGGUUUUCCGUACCGUAGUCGAGACUUUUGUAUCUCAGACCAGCGGGUACUACAACCAACUUGACAAAGAAGGAAAGAAGGAUGUCGUGCAGGCGUACUGUGAUCUUGCUAUGAAGCCAAAGGCUCGACGCCGGUCAUACUCGCCGGAGCAACUGCUGGAUAUGCGAGAUUCGGCACAGCCACCGUCCGAGUCUGAUAUGCAUUUCGUUCCUCCCUCUCCAAAGACGACAGUCUCUACCGCUCUUGAUCAAGAAGGCGGCUGCCAAUGCAGCAUGGUUGAUGGGUUCUUCUAA